UAAAAUAAUCGUCACCGAAGAUAUCCGUACCCAUAUGUCACUUGAUUCCAUACCAAACCCGUCAGCGUUCAACUAUAAAUAUUCAAUGCGAUUCAUUACCAACACCGAAACCCAACCCGUUCACAAACUGACCCGAUCAUAAACUAGAACUAAACUCGUUAUUAUUAUCUUGCAUCACUCGUAUCGUAUAAUCUUCUCAUUUCCCUUGCGGAUUUUUUUCAAACACCUCGUGUGCUUCUCAAUUUUCAUUUCAAUAGAUUCUGAGUCCUGAUUCGGAUCGGUUUUGAAAAUAUUCCCCAAUUUUCAAUGCUUACAAAUGUUUGCACCACGUACUGAGAUUGGAUUUUAUAUUCUAUAAGGUUGAAUUCAAAGCCUAUUAUGUGAUGGGGCAUGGUUAACACUAUCCAGCUUUGAAGGGGUAGGAUGAUCAUUUACAGUUGGUAAUGGUGGAAAAUGACAACCCAACUGAAUUGUUUCCACCAAGAAGAAAACAGAUUGGGGAAAAAGGAGAAUAAAGAUAAAGCUCUAUAAGUGCUUGAUUUUGGAUUCACAAACAUUAUGUUCUCUAUAGAUUUUUCGUGCUCCUGACUGUAAGAGGAGCAACUGCAACUAUUUUAUUCUUUGGUAAAUAAGGGAGAGGUUGAACUUCUGCCAUGCCUUCCCUUCAGCUGUUGAACCUAACUCGGCAUGGCCAGAGUUUUCUGGCUUCGAGGAGGAAAGCCAUACUACUUACAUCUGGUAUCUUAAUUGCUGGCGGAACAGCUGCAUAUAUGCAAUCAAGGUUUAGAGUUAAUAAACAUGAUUUUGGCAAUUGCAAUGAGCAAAGCCAUGAUAAAGAAGUAACAAAGGAGGAGGUUAUGAAUGACUCCACUGCACCAAAAAAUAAACAAAAGAAAGGGGGCUUGAAAUCACUUAAAGUCCUUACUGCAAUUCUUCUAUCCGAGAUGGGCCAAUUAGGUGUGAAGAAUCUUUUAUCUUUAGUUGCCACAGUGGUGCUGCGAACUGCUUUAAGCAACAGGCUAGCUAAAGUGCAAGGCUUCCUAUUUCGUGCUGCUUUUCUUCGGCGUGCACCAUUGUUUUUUCGGUUAAUUUCAGAAAAUAUUAUUUUGUGCUUCCUCUUGUCAACCAUUCAUUCUACAUCAAAGUAUAUAACAGGCACUCUGAGUCUACAUUUCAGAAAAAUAUUGACAAAACUUAUCCAUUCCCACUAUUUUGAGAACAUGGUAUAUUACAAAAUAUCACACGUCGAUGGUCGGAUAACAAACCCAGAGCAAAGAAUUGCUAGUGAUGUACCAAAGUUCUGUUCAGAGUUGAGUGAAAUUGUUCAAGAUGAUCUAACAGCAGUGACUGAUGGACUUCUAUAUACUUGGCGGCUGUGUUCAUAUGCUAGCCCAAAAUAUGUCUUCUGGAUAUUGGCCUAUGUGCUUGGAGCUGGGGCUGCAAUCAGAAACUUCUCUCCUUCGUUUGGGAAACUUAUGUCCAGAGAACAGCAACUGGAAGGAGAGUAUCGACAGCUUCACUCACGAUUAAGGACUCACUCAGAAAGUAUAGCAUUUUACGGUGGAGAGAGGAGAGAAGAAUCUCAUAUUCAACAGAAAUUUAAAACCUUGGUUGGGCACAUGAGUAGAGUGCUACAUGACCAUUGGUGGUUUGGCAUGAUUCAGGACUUUUUGUUGAAAUACCUUGGUGCAACUUUUGCUGUUAUUUUGAUUAUUGAACCUUUCUUUUCUGGUCAUCUAAGGCCGGAUAGUUCAACUUUAGGGCGUGCCGAGAUGUUAAGCAAUCUAAGAUAUCACACAAGUGUCAUAAUUUCCUUAUUUCAGUCUCUAGGAACUCUUUCUAUCAGUGCAAGACGGCUCAAUCGUCUUAGUGGGUAUGCUGAUCGCAUUUACGAAUUAAUGGCUGUAUCAAGGGAGCUAAGUUUGGUGGAUGAGAAAUCAUCCCUGCAAAGAAAUGGAAGUAGAAAUUGCAUAAGCGAAGCUAACUACAUUGAAUUUUCGAAUGUCAAGGUUGUGACCCCCACUGGUAAUGUCCUGGUGGAUGAUCUGACUCUCAGAGUUGAGCCAGGAUCUAAUCUUUUGAUUACAGGUCCAAAUGGAAGUGGAAAAAGCUCGCUUUUCCGGGUUUUAGGCGGUCUUUGGCCGUUGAUAUCUGGACAUAUUGUGAAACCUGGUAUUGGCUCUGAUCUUAAUAAGGAGAUUUUCUAUGUGCCACAAAGACCAUACACUGCUGUGGGAACACUUCGCGAUCAGUUGAUUUAUCCUCUUACUGCCAAUCAAGAGGUUGAACCGCUCACAAAGCAUGGGAUGGUGGAGCUAUUGAAAAAUGUUGACCUUGAAUACCUGUUGGACCGUUACCCGCCUGAAAAGGAAGUAAACUGGGGUGAUGAACUUUCAUUGGGUGAGCAACAGAGAUUGGGCAUGGCUAGACUUUUCUACCACAAACCUAAAUUUGCAAUUCUUGAUGAGUGCACAAGUGCUGUCACUACUGACAUGGAAGAACGAUUUUGUGCUAAAGUUCGGGCCAUGGGAACAUCAUGCAUUACCAUAUCACAUCGUCCAGCAUUGGUUGCAUUCCAUGAUGUGGUUUUAUCCUUAGAUGGUGAAGGAGGAUGGAGUGUUCAUUAUAGAAGGGAGGACUCUUCUACUGAAAUGGGGAUUGAUACAAUGAAGGUGUCAGAAACAAAACGACAGAAUGAUGCAAAAGCAGUUCAACGAGCAUUUGCCAUGAAUAAAAAGGACUCUGCAUUCUCAAAUUCAAAAGCAGAGUCGUAUAUUGCAGAUGUGAUACAUUCAUCCCCAUCUACUAAUCAGACUAUUUUGCCAUCUACUGUUCCCCAACUUCGUGGUAAUACAAGGAUAUUGCCACUGAGAGUAGCCGCCAUGUGCAAAGUAUUGGUACCCACUGUAUUCGAUAAACAAGGCGCACAACUGCUUGCCGUUGCUCUUCUUGUUGUUUCAAGAACAUGGGUAUCAGAUCGUAUUGCAUCUCUAAAUGGUACCACUGUGAAGUUUGUUUUGGAGCAGGAUAAAGUUGCCUUUAUUCGGUUAAUUGGUAUAAGUGUACUUCAAAGUGCCGCAUCUUCUUUCAUUGCACCUUCUAUAAGACAUUUGACAGCACGGCUGGCCCUUGGGUGGCGGAUUCGUCUGACACAACAUCUACUCAAGAACUAUUUGAGAAGCAAUGUGUUUUACAAGGUCUUCCACAUGGCAAGCAAAAGUGUUGAUGCAGAUCAGAGGAUAACUCAAGAUUUGGAGAAGUUAACAACAGACUUGUCUGGACUGGUAACUGGACUGGUAAAGCCAACCGUAGAUAUUUUGUGGUUCACGUGGAGAAUGAAGCUUUUAACUGGUCAAAGGGGAGUUGCCAUCCUCUAUGUUUACAUGUUACUUGGCCUUGGGUUUUUAAGAGCUGUUACUCCUGAUUUUGGUGAUUUGAUAAGCCAAGAACAACAACUUGAAGGAAUUUUUAGGUUCAUGCAUGAAAGACUCUGUACUCAUGCUGAAUCCGUUGCUUUCUUCGGAGGUGGUGCUCGAGAAAAAGCGAUGGUUGAAUCAAGAUUCAGCGACCUUCUCACACACUCCCAGUAUCUUCUGAAAAAGAAGUGGCUGUUUGGUAUACUAGACGAUUUCAUCACAAAACAACUACCUCAUAAUGUGACUUGGUUGUUGAGCUUGUUGUAUGCUAUGGAACACAAAGGAGACCGUGCAGCGAUAAGUACCCAGGGUGAGCUGGCACAUGCAUUGAGGUUCUUAGCAUCUGUCGUUUCUCAAAGCUUUUUAGCUUUCGGCGACAUUCUUGAAUUGAAUAGGAAGCUUGUAGAGCUUUCUGGGGGUAUUAAUCGGAUUUUUGAGCUUGAAGAGCUGCUGGAUGCAGCACAGUCUGGGGAAUUCAUCAAUGGCGGUGCUAUGUCUGCAGUAACGGAUUAUCAUUCUAAAGAUGUUAUUUCUUUUUCUAAGGUUAAUAUUGUCACCCCUACACAGAAGAUGUUGGCCAGGGAAUUGACAUGUGAUGUUGAGCUUGGGAGAAGCCUGCUUGUUACUGGUCCAAAUGGAAGCGGGAAAAGUUCCAUUUUCAGAGUUCUCCGAGGACUUUGGCCAAUUGCAAGUGGAAGAUUAUCUAGACCAUCUGAAGAUGUGAAUCUAGAUGCUGGAUCAGGUUGUGGCAUCUUCUAUGUUCCUCAACGGCCGUACACAUGCCUGGGAACAUUGAGGGACCAAAUUAUAUACCCUCUAUCCCGGGAGGAAGCAGAGUUAAGAGCAUUGAAGGUUUAUGGAAAAGGUGAAAAACAUCCUGACACUGUAAAGUUGCUGGACAAGCACUUGGAAAGUAUCCUGGAGAAUGUUCGGUUGAAUUAUCUUCUAGAAAGGGACAACAAGGGCUGGGAUGCAAAUAUAAAUUGGGAAGACACUCUCUCUCUUGGAGAACAGCAGAGAUUAGGCAUGGCACGCUUGUUCUUCCAUAAGCCUAAAUUUGGUAUCUUGGACGAGUGUACCAAUGCAACGAGUGUUGAUGUGGAAGAACACCUAUAUGGGCUAGCGAAGGAAAUGGAUAUCACAUUUAUUACUUCUUCACAACGUCCUGCUUUAAUACCAUUUCAUUCCACUGAAUUGCGGCUGAUUGAUGGUGAGGGUAAUUGGCAACUCCGUUCGAUCAAGCAAUGAUUCUCCAGUAAAUAGUGUUGCAGCAGAUUCUGAUAGUUACUAUUUGAGAUAUUGUGGAGUCUUGAACAUAAUAAGGUUUGCCAAUGAUGGUAUUCCUAUUUUAUUUCAUUUUGGGUUUACCAUUUACUAUAUUCUCCAAGCUUCAAGUUUUGCUCCAUAGACUUGUUAGGGCAAACAAACUGAAACAGCAGCAACAACCAAAAUGGUUGAUACGAAGUCGAAACACAACCAUGUCAUGAUCGCUGCAGUAUAUUAAAGAUAAGUCAUGUACAGCCUCUCCCCUCAUAUUCCUAGGUAGUUGAUAUUUAUUCAUAUUUUGUAACCAUUGUUUUAUUAAUAAAAAAAUAGCUUGAAAUAGAUAUAGCUCCUUGAGAUAUUUUGUUAUCGUCGUAAUACCUUCCGUGUCAACUGAAAUGCUUUUAUAUCA